AUGGAUAUUCAACUUGUAUUGAACAAUUUAAAAAUAUCAGAUGCAACUAAUCACUCUGGUACUUCAAAAUAUAAAUUAGUUAAAUUAUCACACACAGAUAAGGAUGAAAUGGAUGAAUUUUGUAAGAAAAAUAUUUCUCUUAUUGAUAAGCACAAAAACCAUUUCAAUUUCUAUUUCAAACCUUCUAUUGAGAUUUUAGAUCUUAAAAUAGAACAGAAAAAUAGAUUAUUUCCUUAUUUACCUACUAUUAAUUCUACUAAUAAUAUUGCAACAACUAAAUCAGUUGCUAAAACAACAAAUAAUAAUAAUAAUAAUAAUAAUAAUAAUACUAAGAAUAAUAAUAAUAAUAUUAAUAAUAAUAAUAAUAAUGAAAAUAAUCUGUUAAUAUUACUCACCAAAGCUUUUUCAAGCCUUGUUGUAGGAUUGGCAAAUAAUAAUGUAAUUCCAUUAGAUAAUAACUUAAUGGAAAUUGUCAAUAUUACUAAUAAUAUAAAUAAUGUAAAUAAUACUAACUCUGUAAUGAUAGAUGAUGAUUUGAUUUCAACAUCAUCUAAUGAAUCUACUCAACCUUGA